AUCCUCUCUGUUUCUGUGAACUGCACGGAACGGAUUAUAACGGUGUACAGCGUCCAGGUGCUACAUUCAUGCCAAGUAAUAUUGACAGGUUAUCCCAUUUCAAUCCUGCCAUGGACCCAGCAGGAGUGGAGGAUCCAGAACACACCAAUGGCAAGGAGGAAACAUUUUUGCGAGUAAGGUCCAACAGGCAAGCAAGGCUGAAUGCACGGAUAGGGAAAAACAAGAGGAAGAAGGCCUCAGAGGAUGGCCAGGUAUGUCCACUAUGCAAUGAGACAUUUUCUGGAUCUAUGGAGGAGAUGAGUAGACAUGUGGAAGCCUGCCUGGACAAGAGAGAUGGUUCUUACACAAAUGAUGAUGAAUCUGUGGACAUAGAAAAUGAGAGUGCAAGUGGGAACAGAUUUGAAGAAUAUGAAUGGUGUGGGCAGAAGAGAAUAUGCGCUACAACCUUAUUAGAAGGUGGUUUUCGAGGAUCUGGGUUUGUCACCUGCAGCAGUAAAGAAAAUCAUGACAGUGAUGCAGAUCUUGAUGUGGAUGGAGACGACACCUUGGAGUAUGGGAAACCACAAUACACAGAAGCAGAUAUUAUACCAUGCACUGGAGAAGAACCAGGGGAGGCCAAAGAGAGGGAGGCACUAUGUGGAGCUGUGCUAAAUGAUGGAACUCCAAGCAAUAGAAUAACACCGGAAUUUUCAAAAUGGGCCAGUGAUGAAAUGCCCUCAACAAGUAAUGGAGAGAGUGGAAAACUAGAAAUGCAGACACAGAAGACAUGUAAAAACAGCGAGAUUGAAAAGAUAUCGGAAGAAGCAACUGUAACGACAAUUGAAGCACUGAAAGCCCACAUCCGUGAAUUAGAACGACAACUGUCCUGUGGGGAUAGAUAUAAAUGUCUUAUUUGUAUGGAUUCCUACUCGAUGCCCCUUAUCCAGUGCUGGCACGUUCAUUGUGAGGAAUGCUGGCUCAGAACAUUGGGUGCCAAAAAGCUGUGUCCACAGUGCAACACAAUCACAUCCCCUGGAGAUCUCAGGCGCAUGUAUUUGUGAAGAAGUAGGAUAUGGAAGAGAGGCCACAGUUAUCCUGAGGUCUAGUUAGACACAAUGCCUCGCAGCA